UCAAUGGUUGAGCCUUUUUUGGGUCGUUUGAGCGCCAGAGGUUCAACAAGAAAAACUUCAGCUGCCUGUGUAAAAAGAUCUGCAGAUAUCUUUUCUAAGCGACUAUGAUUGACUUGGAGAGAGACACUGCUCUCUUACAUGUUACCAACGCCUACCCGACCACCGUAGAUGUCCUUCUGCAGUCCUCAGAUUGUUACAAGUGUCGGCUGGUACCCGUGGCCAGUCUGUCUAACGGAGGCACCGCUGACGUCAUCACGGAUACUGUUUAUCCAGCGAACAUUGCUGUUGUGGAACAAAACACCAGCUUAUCGCUUUGCAGUCUAAGCUAUCAUUUUGGUGAAUAUGGACAUUACGUCCUAAACAUCCCACCACACGAGACCUCACCAUGUGAGAUAUCCGUCACACAAGACCCAGCAGACACUUAUCUGGCUAUCUGGGUUGCCUGUGGUGUGUAUGCCGUACUCGUUCUACUUUUCAACGUAUUCCUGUGGGUCAGAAGGAGGCCUUGGUUUACAAAACUGACUUGCUGGCAAAAUGAUGUCGAAGACAAUGAAACACAAAGAGGGAGGCAAUCUCAGGAUAUUGAAAUGCGAAGUAAUUCUACUCCAGAAAGUGAACAGGGACUAACGGAAAAGAAAGCACGUGAACGACUUCGGUCUCUGGACACAUUUCGAGGACUUUGUAUUACCGUCAUGCUUUUUGUGAACUUCGGUGGAGGAGGGUACUGGAUCUUUCAACAUCCAACAUGGAACGGUCUAACCAUUGCUGACACAGUUUUCCCCUGGUUUGUGUUCAUCAUGGGUACAUCCAUGGCCCUGUCGUUUAGGGGCAUGAGAAAGAGAACGUCCACCCGUAGAGUUGUCUUCAGAGUCAUCACCCGAAGCGCCAAGCUGUUUCUCGUGGGCUUUUUCUUAAACGCUGGACACGGUCGGAAUGAUCUGGGAACCGUGCGGGUCCCAGGAGUACUGCAGCGGCUCAGCAUCGCUUAUCUGGUGUCUGGUUUUAUUGAAUGCUUUGUCGGGAAGGAGAGAAAGUCUUCAGAUGAAAGGUCACGUCUGACCAACCCAACGCUGCAGAAGAUCCACAAUGCGCUGAGAGACAUCGUGGACAACUGGGCGGCCUGGUUACUUCACCUGCUCAUCCUGGUCAUACAUCUCAUCAUCACCUUUCUACUUCCCGUACCAGGGUGUCCGACAGGUUACCUUGGCCCGGGAGGACCGUUACUGGGGGAUGGAGUGGAGUAUUUGAACUGCACAGGCGGCGCUGCUGGGUACAUAGACAGACUUAUCCUGGGGAGUCACAUGUACCAGACUCCUACCGUCAGGGUUUUUUACAAGACAAAAGUGGCGUUUGACCCUGAAGGAAUUCUUGGCUCGCUGACAACGAUUUUCAACUGUUUUCUCGGUCUACAGGCAGGAAAGAUUCUUGUUUACUACAAAGAGCACAGUAGCAGAAUCAUUCGCUGGGGCCUAUGGGCGGUGCUGAUGGGUCUGUUAGCCACAUUGCUGUGCAAGGGGACCCAAAACGAUGGAUGGAUACCUGUCAACAAGAACCUGUGGUCCCUGUCGUACGUGCUCGCCCUAUGUUCCAUGGCGUAUUUGCUGUUGGCUCUGUGCUACCUGCUGGUAGACGUAAAGAAGUGGUGGUCUGGCUGGCCAUUCUACUGCUGUGGAAUGAACUCUAUCCUGUUGUACGCUGGACAGAACAUCCUGUACGAUUAUUUCCCGUUUUUCUGGCGCGGAGUUCCUCUGACACAUCCACAUCUCCUGACCAUGGACCUGGUGGGCACCACUCUUUGGGUCAUCAUAGCAGUCUACCUCCACCACAUCAAGUUUUAUGUCAAGAUAUAAGAGCAGAGUUUCACUGACAUGCAAUAUUGGUAUUUUCUAUUGUAUGAUCAUACAAGCAUCAACAACUACGUAUGUUCACAUAAGUCUACAUGCACAACAUCAUGUUUUACGUCAAGAUAUAAAAGCAAUGUCACGCUGACAUGCACGUUGAAUGUUUUCUAUUAUUAGUCACACAAGCAUCAACAACUACGAAUGUUCACUCUUGAUUGCCAUACACUAGAAGUGUGAUGUAGAGGAAUAGACAGGUGUACACCUACUUAAUUUCCAUUGAGAUGAUAACUCUAACAUUUAGGAGAUAAUAGCUCUAACACUUAAGUGCGUACUCAAACUAUUUGUGUACAAUAGUGCUGACAUGCCUGGCUACACUGUGUGGCAGCCGUAUGAGCCUGUAACUACCACUUAUGUAACCGAAGCAUGUCAAAAUCAUAUUUAGAAAAAAAGUGAUGACACUGAAACAUUUGUCUAAGGUAUGUAGUAAAGCAUCUUUAUCAUUUCUCAACAUUCAGAGAAGAAAAUUAUUAUUUCUUUUAUAUUUACAAGCUUUGGUAACCAAUCCAGGUAUGGAGAAUUCAUUUCUAAACCUCCCAAAAAAUGGCCUAUUCCUAUUAACCCAUGCAUCAGAUUCUAUACCAACGAAACUUCUAAUGGCUAAUCUGCAGGAUCACACUUGAAUUAUACAUGUGCAUGUAACAUGAGAACUCAUCUGUGCCGGUAUCUAUGAUGAAUUUUUAUACUUUCAUUUAACACAAAGCAAAAUUGCUCACCUCGAAUUUUCAGCCGAUCCUGAAAAUUUGAGGUGCAACGUUUUGCUUUGCUUUUGUUUUGUUUUAAACUAAAGUAUUAAAAUUCAUCAUAUGUUCAUACAGUUUGCAUUUUCGGUUUAAACUUAACAUAACCUAGUUAUCCAAUACAUUUACAUAAUUUCACACUAUUUGCAUGUAAAUUGCUUCAUCAACUUUUUAGCCACAUUAACAAAAUAAUUACAGACUCUAAGUUUUUCGCUUUAAAAUUCUUAUAACAUUUGUAUAGCUGCAGUGUUGGCAUUCCUAUUUAUUCUUGAAUAUUGUAUUUCUUACAAGGUAUACUAUCACAAAACAUCUACAGAGCAGAAAACAAUAUAAUAGCAUAAACACUGUUUGCAGUUUCCUAUCUGUUCACAUAAGGAGGUUAAAUAUAGAUA